GUCGCUGGUGUUCAUGAGCACGGCAGGAGUGAACCGGCAAAGGCGACACCGGGGGAAGAAGAGGGGCCGGUGAGCGGCGAGAGGACCCACGAUCCGCGGAAUGAAACAUAGUGGUGUUUGUUUCUCGCACUUCUGCUAUCGCUCGCUUCACGUUCCUUAUUCUGCACAGCCUCACAGCACAAGCCUGACGUUCAGGAGUUGAAGGGCCCCGUCUGUUUUCGAGGAAGGGACUCUGUUGUGGCUGUCUGCCCCGUUGCCUGGAGGAAAAGGGAGGCUGAUAUUUUAGUAAACCCGGAGUGUGAGAAGAGGAGUGUGUGAACAAAGUGUGUGAGCAGCUCUCCCUAUGUGUGUGACAAUGGGGGACAUCAGUGACCUGGACCGACAGAUAGAGCAGCUCAGACGCUGUGAGCUCAUUAAAGAAAAUGAAGUCAAAGCACUGUGUGCCAAAGCCAGAGAGAUUCUGGUUGAAGAAAGCAACGUCCAGAGAGUAGACUCUCCUGUCACGGUGUGUGGUGAUAUACAUGGUCAGUUCUAUGACUUGAAAGAGCUCUUUAGAGUUGGUGGGGAUGUCCCGGAGACAAAUUACCUCUUCAUGGGCGACUUUGUGGACAGAGGCUUCUACAGUGUGGAGACCUUUCUGCUGCUGCUAGCUCUUAAGGUGCGUUACCCAGACAGGAUAACCUUGAUCCGGGGUAACCACGAGUCCCGGCAAAUCACCCAGGUCUACGGCUUCUACGACGAGUGCCUCCGCAAAUAUGGCUCAGUCACUGUCUGGAGAUACUGCACUGAGAUAUUUGACUACCUAUCCCUCUCUGCUAUCAUUGAUGGCAAGAUCUUCUGUGUGCACGGAGGCUUGUCUCCCUCCAUCCAGACACUGGACCAGAUCCGGACCAUUGACAGAAAACAGGAGGUGCCUCACGAUGGGCCCAUGUGUGACCUCUUGUGGUCGGACCCUGAAGACACCACAGGGUGGGGAGUGAGUCCCAGAGGUGCCGGCUACUUGUUUGGGAGCGACGUGGUGGCUCAGUUUAACGCCGCCAACGACAUCCACAUGAUCUGUCGAGCACACCAGCUGGUCAUGGAGGGCUACAAGUGGCACUUCAACGAGACCGUGCUCACUGUGUGGUCAGCACCCAACUACUGCUACAGAUGUGGCAACGUGGCAGCCAUCUUGGAGCUGGAUGAGCAUCUACAGCGGGAGUUCAUCAUAUUCGAGGCAGCGCCACAAGAGACCAGAGGCAUCCCCUCCAAGAAGCCAGUAGCCGACUAUUUCCUGUGAAGUCUUUGAGCAGACAGCCAUGAUGUGUUGAAAUCUCCGGUACCAUUUCACACCAGCCGCCCUCCAUCCUGCUGCUGGACGGUUCUGUCAGCCCGAACUCACAGCAGUUAGACAGAAAACCUGCCAAACCCUGCGAAGCUGUCGCGCAGCUUCAGCUUGAAGAGCUGGAUUUUUUGCCGUACUGCCCAAGCCUGACAGAGCAGUCGCUGUGAAAGGUGUAAGGGCGAGGCGGAUACUGGGCCCAUGACUGUUGUCACUUCUCUUCAGCUAUAGAACAUGGCCAUUUUCUCAGCCUCCUUCCAUUUCCAUCUGUUGUCCUCCUCACCCUCUGUAGAUACAACACUCUCCUUCCCUGACUUCACUUUCACCACCCCUUGUAGUAUUCUUUUUUUUAUGAUGAACAUUGUCAUUUAGUUUUAGAAGUAUUUGGAAGGAGUUCAGUGUUUGUUUUUAUUUUCUUUUUCCAAAAUAUGCAGCUGUAGGAAAUUUCACACUUUUAUCAUUUAAGGAAUUCCUUCAAUGCAUAUGUUGUCUUUGUUUUUGAUUUUUUGUAUAAUUGUUGCUGCCAGGAUAAAAUACAAAAUGCCCACCUCCCUGCUCCCCUUCCCUUUUUGCUCUUAUGUUUCUGUUUAACUGCCAUCCGUCAUGUGCGUCGCUAUUUAACAUACCAAGUGCUGCUGCUCAGCACCAUCGCAAAUAAACACCAGAAAUGUAAUGACUCCCAACAGGAGUCACUAUAUUCACCAUUGUUUUCUCUCUUAAUUCCUUUUAAUCUACAAAUCUCUGUAGGUCUGUCAAUUUUGAUAUUGUGAGAAUAAAGUUUUUGUAUCAAUGCUGA